AUGCAGCGGUUGCUCUUAACGCCCUUGAAGGCAUUGACGAGGAGCCCGUGUCUCCAGCUCUUAGUUCCUAGGGCGGCGCUUAGAGGACAGUGUGGUUGCAUCUGUGGGAUCAGACGCCCUUUGAGGCCAGGACAAUACAGCACCAUCUCUGAAGUAGCAUUGCAAUCUGGAAAGGGCACGUUGUCCCUUCCUUCAAAGACUGCUGAGCGGGUGGUGGGCCAAUGGCUCCUGAUCUGCAGUGGAACAGUGGCUGGAGCAGUUAUUCUUGGUGGAGUAACAAGAUUGACAGAGUCUGGCCUCUCAAUGGUAGAUUGGCAUUUAAUAAAGGAGAUGAAGCCUCCUACAAGCCAAGAGGAAUGGGAAGCAGAAUUCCAAAAAUACCAACAAUUUCCAGAAUUUAAAAUCUUGAAUCAUGACAUGACCUUGGCAGAAUUCAAGUUCAUUUGGUACAUGGAGUACUCACACCGAAUGUGGGGGCGCCUUGUGGGCCUUGCAUACAUCCUGCCUGCUGCCUACUUUUGGAGAAAGGGCUGGCUCAGCCGUGGUAUGAAAGGGCGUGUUCUUGCUCUCUGUGGCUUAGUCUGCUUCCAGGGUCUGUUGGGGUGGUAUAUGGUGAAAAGUGGAUUGGAAGAAAAACCAGACUCCCCGGACAUCCCUCGAGUCAGUCAGUACCGCCUCGCAGCACACCUGGGAUCAGCCCUUGUUCUUUACUGCGCCAGCUUGUGGACCUCACUCUCACUGCUGCUCCCUCCUCACAAGUUACCUGAGACUCAUCAGCUCCUGCGGUUGAGACGAUUUGCUCAUGGAACGGCAGGCUUGGUGCUCCUGACGGCACUCUCAGGGGCUUUUGUGGCAGGGCUGGAUGCUGGCCUUGUUUAUAACUCCUUUCCCAAGAUGGGAGAAUCCUGGAUCCCAGAGGAUCUCUUGACCUUUUCCCCCAUCCUGAGGAAUGUUUUUGAGAAUCCCACGAUGGUGCAGUUCAAUCACCGUAUUCUGGGGAUCACUUCCCUCACUGCCAUCACAGUGCUUUACUUCCUUUCCCGGAGAAUUCCCCUUCCUCGGAGGACCAGAAUGGCAGCAGUGACUCUGCUGGCUUUGGCAUAUACACAGGUGGGUUUGGGCAUUUGUACUCUACUGAUGUAUGUUCCAACCCCUUUGGCUGCUACUCAUCAGUCGGGAUCCUUGGCUCUGCUUAGUGCUGCUCUUUGGCUCAUGAAUGAACUCCGACGAGUCCCAAAAUGA